AUGGCGUUGUCAAAUCAUCGAUUGAACAACACAAUUCAUGUGACAGGGAAUGAAAAGUUAUGUAUUCUGAGUGGCCAGUAUCCUCAUAAGGUCAUUUUCAAGCUGAAAGAGAAAGAAGCAUCUCAAUCGAAGAGUUCAUCAAAUACUAAUACAACUUUGAGUAACUCAAAAGAGUCCGGGAAGAUAUCGGACUUCUUUGGAGGAAAAUCUAACAUUCAGAAAGGAAAUCUGAAAAGGAAACACAGUGAGACUGAGCAAGUUGGUGCUGGAAAGAGGCUGAAGUCUGAGUCUAAUGUUCAAGGAGGCAAUCUCAAGAGGAAAAACUGUGAGAAUGGAAAGGGUUGUGCAGAUGAAGCAUCAGACUCUGAGGAUGAGAAACAUAAGGCUUAUGUAGAGGAGCAGUUGAAGCUGAUGCAGGCCAUGGCUCAAGCUGAUCCUCCUGACACUCUAAGAGAAUCAAAGGCAACAAAAAGUUCAACUGAUUCUGAGAAAGUGAGAGGAGAACCGUGUAGAGAGGCUAAUUGGGUUUCUCAUGACAACAAGUUACUUAUGCACACUAGCAGAGGUGUCCAAGCAUCCUCCAAGAUUGCUGGUUUUGACAUGGAUGGGACAAUCAUCUGUACUCAGUCAGGGAGAACGUUUCCAACGGAUAUCAACGAUUGGAAAAUAAUGUACUUUGAAGCCUAUAAGAAGCUGAAGAAACUCAUUGAAGAUGGUUUCAAGGUAGUCUUCUUUACAAACCAGCUUGGAAUUGGACGGGGUAAACAAAAUGAAGCCGACUUCAAGAAGAAAGUGGAGAAAGUCAUUGCAAAGGUUGACAUUCCUGUACAAGUGAUUAUAGCCAAAUAUGCUGAUAUCUACAGGAAACCAGCUCCAGGCAUGUGGAACUAUCUUGUUGAGAGGGCAAAUGAUGGCAUCCCAAUCGAUAUGGAAAAAAGUCUGUUCGUUGGUGAUGCUGCUGGCAGGCCGGUUAACUGGACUCCCAAGAAAAAGAAAGAUUUCUCCUGCAGUGACAGGCUUUUUGCAUUGAAUCUCGGCCUCACUUUCUACACGCCGGAGGAAUACUUCCUUAAGUACAACAGAGCGCCUUUCAACAUGCCAGAAUUUGACCCGCGUAAACUUUCUUCUGAUGCCUCAUUGACAUCAUCAGGUUCACCCAUAUCAGUCAGCCAUCAAGAGGUGAUUGUGAACGUGGGCUGCCCUGCUUCUGGGAAAAGUUUCUUCUCCAAACAGUACCUCACACCAAAGGGCUAUGUCCAGAUCAGCAGGGAUCAGUUGGGCAACUGGCAGAAGUGCGUAGCUAAGUGUAAACAGGUGUUGUCAGGUGGAUCUAGUGUGGUGAUUGACAACACUAACCCGGACCCUGAAUCCCGAUCAAGAUAUACUGCGGUGGCCAAUGAGAUGAAGAUACCAUGCCGCUGUUUCCUGUUCACAACAACACAUUCCCAUUGUCGGCAUAAUGAAAAGUUCCGUGAGAUGACCGACUCCAGCCACCAGAAGAUCAAUGAUAUGGUCAUGAACAGCUACAAGUCAAGGUAUACCGAACCAAGUCCUUCAGAAGGUUUCACAGAAAUUGUCAAAGUAAACUUUGUUCCAAAAUUCAAGGACAAGAAACUCGACCAUUUAUAUAGACAUUUUCUGCUUGAAAAAUGAAUUCUGUGUUAAAGUGCCUUCAUAAUGAUAUGUUGUGGUCACAGAUUGUGGAAGAAAAUCUCAUUUAUGUUGAAUGUCCUGUAUUGUUGAAAAUAUUACUGCCAAUUGAAAUAAACUUUCUCAGUAUCAUACAAUGUGAUUAUUGAGUCUUUUGUAAUGUUGUCCUCCGUGUGGUGUCAUGGACUGCCAGUCUGUGGAACUUGCCUGGGGGUGCAAGCAGUCUUGACAUUGUGUCCUCUUCACUGUGUCAUGAAAUGGUCCUCAAUGUAUGAUGACAAAGAUAAGUUUUGACAUUGUCCUCUUCACUGUGUGUGAAAUGGUCCUCGGUAUGAUCAUAUAGAGAGGUUGUGACAUUGACCUCCUUAUAACUAUGUUGUGAUGGUCCUCAGUAUAUGAUUAGAUAGAUAGGUUAUGACAUUGACCUUAUAACUGAG